AUGGCAUCCAGAAACACCCUGCGCCGCGCCCUCCUAUACAUUCCGGGAUCGUCGCAGCGAUUUAUCGACAAGUCCCGCACCCUGACCGCCGAUUGUGUCGCCUACGAUCUGGAGGACAGCGUGACUCCGCACAAGAAAGCGGAAGCCCGCUCUUUGGUGCGGAGAGCGCUGGACCAGCCCGCGCCGACUGGCAUUCUCGAGCGCGCAGUUCGUAUCAACUCCGUCGACAGUGGCCUGGCGCUCGCUGAUCUGACAGAAGUCCUCCAAUCCCCCAAUCUGUCCACAAUCGUGAUUCCCAAAGUCAACUCCGCAUCAGACCUCACCUUCGUCACGGACGUCAUCACGCACACGCUCUCACAGCUGCCUCCAUCGCAAACCACGUCGCGCCCGCCCAUCUCGCUCUUGGCUCUUGUCGAAUCGGCCAAAUCCCUCACCAAUCUGAGCCAGAUUUGUGCUGCAUCACCCCUUCUCCAGGGCCUGAUUUUCGCUGCAGAGGAUUUCGCCCUGGAUCUUAGUCUCACGCGGACGCCGGCCCUGACGGAAUUCCUUUUCGCUCGGUCUGCCAUUGCCACCGCCGCUCGCGCUGCCAACCUCCCCUCAACCAUCGACUUGGUCUGCACGACAUACAAGUCCGACAAAGCUGACGGGUCUCCGCCGGCGGUGCUGCAGCAAGAAUGCCGCGACGGCAAAAAUCUGGGAUUCAACGGCAAGCAGUGCAUUCACCCGUCUCAGGUAUCGACUGUGCAGCAGAUCUUUGGUCCGGAGCUGGAGGAAGUGCAAUGGGCGGUGCGGGUAACUAUUGCGGAUGACAAGGCCGCUAAAGCGGGUCGCGGUGCUUGGACUCUAGAUGGGAAGAUGAUCGACAUCCCAGUCGCUGAGAAAGCUCGUGCGAUUGUGAAAAAGGCUGACGCCUGUGGCUUCAACGUCCAGGAGCUGCGUGAGAAAUGGCAGCACCAAGAGCCCGAGUAG